UUCGCUGGAGUCCGCUCUGCGGGCUUCUGGGAGAUGUAGUUUCUGAUCUGUAUGCAGGACGGAAGGAGCGGGGGAGGCCCCUUACGCAAACUACAAUUCCCGGCGGAGAGCGCGGUGGAGGGGGGUGGGAUCUGAACAUGGCGGCGGUGGUAGCUGCUACGGCGCUGAAGGGCCGGGGGGCGAGAAAUGCCCGUGUCCUCCGGGGAAUCCUCUCAGGAGCCACUGCUAACAAGGCUUCUCAGAACAGAACCAGAGCACUGCAGAGCCACAGCUCCCCAGAGUGCAAGGAGGAGCCUGAGCCCCUCUCCCCUGAGCUGGAAUACAUUCCCAGAAAGAGGGGCAAGAACCCCAUGAAAGCUGUGGGACUAGCCUGGGCCAUCGGCUUCCCCUGUGGUAUCCUACUCUUCAUCCUCACCAAGCGGGAAGUGGACAAGAACCGUUUGAAGCAGAUGAAGGCUCGGCAGAACAUGCGGGCGUCCAACACGGGCGAGUAUGAGAGCCAGAGGUUCAGGGCCUCCUCCCAACAUGCCCCAUCCCCUGAAGUUGGUUCUGGGGUACAGGCCUGAGGAGCACUGCAGCAACCCUCUAGACUGUAUUUUGACUGAAACCCUGCAGUUUGGCUGAUUCUGGUCAUUGGCCUGUGAGGUCCACCAGAGGGCGCAUGGAGCCAGACUGCUGCCAGUCCCUGCCCCUCCCACACCGAGGAGCCAGCCGAAAGCAAAUAAAUUUAUUGAGUGGAAAGGAAGUAGGUUUGGGUUUGAGUCCCUUGGGAGUGGAGGGGAAGAGGGUGGGGCUGGUUACUCAGGUAUGCUCCCUUUCACAGAAGAGCUUGUUCCUGGCUGGGUAGCAGGGCCACCACAGAGGCUUAAUCAUCACAAGCCUAGGCUCAGGCCCUGGGGAUGAAUCCCUGAGAGCUGUGGGCCAGGAGGGUGGGGUCCCACUCAGCCUUGAAACAAAUAAUAAAGAGAAUCAAAGGCAGCAUUAAGGGUGUGGAGGCAAACAAGCACUACCCUUAGCCAGUCCAAAUGACUCAACUUCUCUGGGGCUCAAGAGAUUGGACUAGUGCUUUUUAAGACAGAGGUUCUGAACCUUGGUCCAUUCCCUCCCUCAUCUGCAAGAUUUUAUAUAUGCAUAUAGCUUUGUGGGGAAGAGAGUUAAUUGCUCUCCUGAGCUUUUGUAAAGGACCUGUAACAAGAGGUCCUUUUGGAAUCCACUAUUGCAAGUUUGAGUUCCCCUUUCCCCCAGCCAACUGUUGAGCCUUCACCAGCCUCUCACAUCCCUCCCUAGGAAGUGCAGCAAUAAAGGAUAUUUGUGACCUUAGGAAAGGUGCUGGAGACCCAACCAGGAUGUAGAGGUAGGAAGUGAAUGGAUGCUUUGGGCAGAAUCAGACACUCCCUGAGCCAACACCUUCCAAAGAAGAAAACCAGAGCCACACAGGGUUUAACUUCUAAACAAAACUUUAAUACAUUUAUAAUUGUGUCCCUUUGUGUGAUAUAUUUAGGAUCAAGUACUCAAUAAAGAAGUCCUAAUUAUAUCCUUGGGCUGAUGUGGUUUCCGCCCCUACCCGAUAGACUGACCCUGUCCCCCCCCCAUUCCAGCUUGAGGCACUUGUAUUACAAAGAAGGCAGUGGCUGACUAGAGUGGUGGUCUCAAGUCGAAAAGCCCCCCAGUGGGAGUUCAGAGCAGGCUGAGAGAGGCAGUCACCUUGCCCUCAGGGCCCUUCCUGUUAGCAGAAGGAAGAGCACUGAAGUCUCCUUGGGCACUGAGGUGGUUUUUCUCAAACUGGCUCUGGAGGCCCCAAGGCAUUUUCCAAGCCUCCACCCAUCUCCUCACCCUGGCUACUUCCAUGCCACACUCCUGAUCAUACAAACUACUCUGUUUACUGACUCUUGUCCCUCACUUUCUGCUCUACCUGCCUAAGCAGAGAAAGCAAAAGACCUCAGAAGCACCCAGGGAAGUCCCAGGCAACUUUGGAGAAUGGGGACCAGAAGGCUCCAAAUGGUCUGCUCUCUCACACCAUCCAAGCCUGGAGGGAGCUCAAAGGAGAUGCUCUUUGUAUUAGCCCCUGUACUUUGCUCAUCUCUUCUUCCCCCCAGCCCUAACCUAGAUAAACAAUACAUACAUGUUAUAAAAACAAGAUGGGGUUAGAAUGCGGAGGCCCCUGGGCACAGAUCUCUUUUACCAUUCUGAGCUAAAAGGUACCAAGUCUAAGGAGUAUAGAAUAAUGGCCUGUAGUCCAGGAGGUGGGGAUAAUACUGUCUGGCUUUACUGGGUUUAGGAGGGAAACAGGCUCCAGCUACCUAGGCUAGAAGCCCGUGAGAGAUUGGGAGGGGAAGCCCUGCACUUUAAAGUCCCUUCUGUGUUCACAUUUCCUCUCAGUUAUAGAAUGGGCUCUUUUCACACACACACACACCCAAGUGCUAAGAGUUUGGUGCCAUAUUGUGGGUAGA